UUAAAUGAAAAAGUUAAGGGCCACCGUCUUUCGGGCAGAUCAAACAAAGUCACACAGGAAACUUUUUUUCUUUCUUUUGCAUACAAAAUCAGUUUUUUUACUUACUGGUGAACAACUACAGACGAUGGCAGAUCACCCUAAUAAGUUAGCAUUCGAAGAAGGUGCUUCAUAUAUUUUCAACAAUUGGACUGCUUUAAAACUAGCCGUCGAACAAGAAUGGGGAGGUGUUGAUUCUGUUGAAAAAAAAGAAUGGUUUAUUGAUACUAUUGUAGACUAUUUUGGAAAACGGGGCAAAAAGUUAGAUAUUGAUGAAGUAGAAGAUAUUUUAUACCAAAUUAUGACAGACGAGUUUAAUACCACUCUAGAAGAUGAUUCGCCCUAUUUAGUCGCUAAACAUCUUAUUGCAUUAUUCAAUCAAUGCAUCGUUGGCAAUUAUACAGAAGUAGAAAGGCUUAGGGAGAAGGCUAAAACCCAAAAUUCUUUUACCGCUGCUUCAAGCAGUAUCAAACAAGGCGAUGACGAUGAAGCUGAAGAUAGUGAUAUAGAUGGCAAUGAUAAUGGCAUAGAAGAUAAUGAUAACGAAGAGGAUAACGAUGAUGUGAUGGAAGAAGCUACUCCAGAAGAGCCUUUAGUCGAUGAAGACGGUUGGGAGACCGUUCGUCGUAAGAAAUAGAAGUGCGCAGCUAUCGUAUAAUUCUAGUCCACACUUAAUAGAAGUUUUGUCAACAUAUUUAUUGUACAACUACUACAAUCACCAUAUCAAAUAUUUACUGAUCUGUUGUGUCAUCGUUUUGUCCAUAUAUUUUAUAUCGAAGUCUGUCAUUCAUUCACGGAUUCGUUUUGUACUUCAAUGUCUCAUUCUUCAUUUUAACGAAUGUUGAACAACCACAUAUAUCACGGUAGUAAGUUUCUACUUCCCAUAUAUGCCUUAUAAGAAGUGUGCUGAUUUUUUUCCCCGUCAUCCCACUUUAAGCUUUGCU